UUUAUACCUAACCUUGUCGUUUCGGUACGGUGGUUAGGUGGCAGUGGUAGGAGUAGGUAGUAUGCGCAAGUAGAAACAAUAACAAUUUACCUAUUGAAUAAACAUAUAGCACAGCGCUAUGUCACGAUAUUUAAGAGAUAUAACAGUAUAUAUAAAUUGAACCGUAAUUCAUGAUGUACGACUGUCUUGGCCAACAUCUUUACAAUACUUUCGAACCAUGCUCUUCUCAUCACGAAAUACAUCCCAACGAACUCACUGGAACCUCCAGUAUAAAUUAUGUAUCUUCUGCAUUAACUCGUGAUGUUACUGAAGUAAUCCCAUUUCCUUUGGCGCAAGUUCCAAUGACUGCUAAGAAACGGCGACAAGUUGAGGGAAAGAGACAGGUCGAUGGACUUGUGGUGGACACGUCGGCCUUCAGUGUGGAAGAGCGGCUAGUCGCGGCCGUGUGGGUGCACGAGAGGAAGCGCUCCAAGACCAGCAUGGGCCAGAUAAAAAAAGACUUUCUCCAAAGGUUUAGCCGGGAGCCUCCCGCUAAAAACACACUCUUGGUGUGGGAGCGCAAGCUGUUCUCAUCUGGUAGUGUUUAUGAUGCCCCCCGCCCAGGGAGACCUAUUAACAGAGCCAACAAAGUGGAGGAAGUGUCGGCGUCGCUGCAGUCGGCGCCGACGCUGUCGCUGCGCGCGCGCGCCGCCGCUCUGUGUGUGCCACGUACUACACUGCGCACUAUAUUACAAAGGGAUUUACAACACACGCCAACUAAUCCUAAAAGGCCACCAAAGAGACCCAAUAAGAAGCGGUGUGUUUUGUCAGUCGCGCCGGCGCCCUGCGUCCCGCCACUCCUCUACCACGGAUACUCUUAGUUGAUAUUCGCCAAAAACAAUAAUAGAUGUAGACCUGAAAAUUCACAAGACGACAGGCAUCUAAUAAGAAGACUGAACUACCUUGCAUGACUAUGUGUUGAACAAGAUAACCAUGAGAUUUGGACUUGUUUUAUUGAUCGUAUGCUUCACAUUGAUAUCCUGGAAUGUGGCCAGAAUACUGUUAAUUUUAUAGCUAAUUUAAGGAUAAUACAUUGAUCUCAUGUAAAUAAAACUUAUCUAUUUGCAA